AUGCGUUUUCUCUCCGUAUUUCUUUUCUUUCUGUAUUUCAAAUUAUUGAGCUGCGAAACGAGAAAAAUUCCGUUCGAAGCGAAACCGCGAGUUUAUCAUUAUUUGAAUAUCACCGAACCAAAAUAUGUGAAUAUCAACAAAUGUGGAUACUGUAAUAUUAAUCGAUGUAAACCAAAACCCUUUUGUUAUUUGAUUUCGAAUAAAACAGCAGGUUUGGAAUUGGUUUUUUUUUGGCCGGAGAUUUUUCCGCGGAAAUAUGAAACCUGUAAAACGCAAGACUACUGUAGUACUGUAAUUAUUUAAUUUCAAAAAAAAGUUUAGAACUCGAAUACGCUCAAAUAGUUUUAGAAUCAGUGGGCUAAAGAUUCAGAUUUUCCGAAGACCAGAAUCUGACAAUAAAUUUCAGAAAUCCGAAGUUCUGGAGAAUUUUGUGCCUCAGAAAAUGACCUCAUUUCUCUUGUCGGAAAACCAAUUGAUGCAACAACUUCAGCUCAAAGUGGAAAAAGAAUGAAAAGAAGAAUUCAUGAAAAAUGUUUGCCAUCAAUAAAUCACAAAGAAAUUGAAUACUGUAUUUGUCGAACUUUUACUGAUGAAGCAUCUUUGUAAGUAUUCAAAAAUAUCAAAAUCUUAUCUAAAGAUUUCUAGGCAGGAGUUAGAAGAUCUUCGAAAAAUGCGAAUUUGGAGAUAUCAAAAUCUGAAAUUUCAUAUGGAAGAAAAAAUGAAGAACCCUAGCCAAUCAAUUUUCAAUUUUUUCGUGUUAAUUUUUUGGUAAGUUAAAGGUGAAGUCUGAGCAAAAAUAAUGGGAAAGAUCAUGUUCUAAUUAGUACAUUCCUCCAAGGAUUUUGUGGAAGCUUCUCAAAUAUUAGUUAAGAAAUUUAAAAGUUCGAAAAAACAGUGAAACACCUUUCAAAUGAGCAUAACUUAUUUUUUGCUCACACUCCACCUUCGACGUUUUUUUCACGGAAAUACAUCAACUCAGUAUUCAUAUAUAGCUGUCUUUAAAACUUGUCAGUCAGAGAAAACACCCACACAAAACUUUAUUAAAGUUCAUCAUCACCCACAUUUAUCAGAUUUACUACAACUCCCCUCAAAGUUUUUCUCUCUUUUUUUUCACAAAGUGUCAAAGGGCAUCAGAUAACUUCACAACUCCGCCCAUAUUCUUCCCUUUCUUUUUUCCUUUUUUUUCACCCACCAAAUUCCACCAUAGCUCAUCAGCUCUUUCUUCUUCUUCUUCUUUUUUCGCCUUUUCUUUGUCUUGAUUUCUUCUCUUGUUAUUCGUUUUUCCACCAGUUUUUUGAAGAAACAGACACCAAUCAGUGUUUCAAUGUCCACACUUUUAUCUCCAUUUUAUUUUGUUUCUAGUCGAAUUGAUCGAUUUAAUCAGGUGAUACAAAGAGAAAGGGUUUAGAAUUCGAAGAAACUUCAGAAAAAUUGUAUACAGUAAUCCUGCAAAGUUUUUGAUUCUAAUCAAUUCAGAUUUCUAUGUCUUAUAGUAAUCUGGUGUGCCAAUAAAUGUGUUCAGCAAUUUUUUAUAAUAAAUCUAGCCCCAGAAAACCUACAGUAAUCCCGCGAAAAUUAAAUUGUGUUUCUUUGAACCCACAAAACCUCUAAUAAGUCUUAAACAUAUUUGCAGGACAUGUUGGAUCGUGUAAAAUCGUCAGCAUCCCGCGUGGCUUCUGCUACAAAAUCUCCAUGUUUUCUCCGUUGGUCACCCGUUCUUCUAAUUAUCAUAACCACAAUUUUCAUUCUUCUUGGUGCCACUUCUUUUUGGUUGUUUGAAAAAGAUGGACACGAAAUGAUGGUUCGAAAUUGGUAUAGAAAUUUGGGACAUGAAAGGUUUGGGAAAAAUGGAAGUUGUAAAAAUCAUCAUAAAUUUUCAGAAGACAAUUUGCUAAAACAAUCAGUUCAAGAAUUUUCAACGAUACUCGAAACUUGCUUAUUAUUAUUGAUCGGGAACAAACAGAUAGAGUUCAGGUAGAAUAAUAGGGGAUUUUUGAAGUUUAAUAUCAAAUACUCUAGAAUUUUGACAGAUUUAUUUUUUUUGGGCAAAAUUUAUACUUUCCGAAAAAUGAUCAAACUUGUUUCAGUUUUCAAAGUUCGAGCGUAAUUUGAAGGUUAGGCUGAAAUUUUGACAGUUAAAAAUUUUGACUUCGAAUAUCAUGAAGUCUGGCCUCGAAUUUUCUGAUACUAUGAUGGUUUUUUCUAAAUAAUCACUUUGCAUUCCCUUUUUCCGAAGUUAGUUAAAAAUGUGCUCGAAGUUUUGAGUGGAAGAACAGACCAGGUUUAUUUUUCUGACACAAACUGUCAAAAAACUAAAUUAUUUCGAUUUUUGAAACAUUGAGGGAAAACGUUCUCUUGUUGAACUACAUAUCUCGAAAUUCAAAAAAUUUCAAAUCCUCCUUUUCAAAACCUCAAAAUACUCGAAAAACUUGUUCAUGUCAGUAAAUCAACAUUUAUAACUCUUCCAUUCCGAAAAGUUUUAUUUUGUUGAAAACUUUUUUUUUUGAAAGAAAAAGAAAGGAUUGCAGUCCAAAACCAAAUAACGAUAUCAAAUUAGCAAGUGACACAACAAUGUUUAUGUCUUCCUCUUUCUUUUUGUUGUCGUGUCCACAAUUGAAUUGUGCUGUGAUGCUCUUUGAUUUGUUGUCAUCAACUACAUAUAUCCUCCCUCUUUUUUUUUGCUGUUUCUAUUUCACCACUCACACCAAAAUGUUUUGAAACUGAGUUUCCUCGGGGGGAUUUUUCGCGUUUUGCUUCAUCUUUUUUUCGAAUCCCUAAAAAUGAAAGGCUAUGACUAUGGAUAUGAGGAGAGGGGAGCUGGUAGCUAGCUGACCAAAAAAUGAGAUGAGAUAAGUCGAAAGGUUGUCAUGGAGAUAAAGGAGAUUUGAGCGCGGUUGGAAACAAUCGAUUAGAUAUUAUGAAAAGUUGUACAAUUUAAGAAGCAAUGCACUUUUCCGAGAAAAGGAACAAAAAUUGAUUAUAAAAGGAAUGGGAUAAAAUAAUUUCGACUUUCCCAAAUUACUGUAGUUUUUCGUAAACAAUCAGGAACUUGAAAAAUCAAUUAACAUCUCAAGAUGACUAAACCAAAAAAAAAAAGAACAGCUGGACCAAAAAGUUAUGACGUGGCAAACUGGUAAUUUUUGUCAAGGGAGGACAUUUCAGAAUUCUGAACUUCACAACCUUUGUUCUGAAAUUUCAAAAUUCAAUAACUUUCUUGUGAUGAUCAAAAUCGAAAUAUUUUUAUUCAACAAAAUUGUAAAAACUGAGCAUUGACAGUUUUGGUUAACAAUCCUUGAAAAUGUCAUUUUCCCAAGCUAAUUUUAGGUGCCCACGUUCGGAUUUUUGCCAGAUAUAUAGUUUUUGACAAUAAAGAUUGGAGAUUUUUUUUCUCAAAAAUUACGAAUAGAUUUCUUUGAACAAAUGUAUUUGAAUAAAAAAUGACCCUUUUUGAGCCAUUUUUUCGGAACAAAUUCUUCUUGAGAUUACUGAUACGAAAUAAAAAUACAACAAAAAAUAUAUAAAGAAACUUAUAAUAAAAAUAAAUAAAACUGAUAUAUGUGUUUGAGGAUCCGAAACUAAACAGUAAAAAUACUCCCAAGAGACAUUACUAGUGAUAUUAACCCUCAAAUUUAUUUUUCAGCAAUUAUUGGUUGAAUCCCUCAAAAGAUAUGAAGAUAAAUUAACAAUAACCCCUCCUUCCCGUCGUGAAUGGUCUUGGAUUGGAAGUUUCAAUUUUGCCUAUUCUCUUUUGCUCACAGUUGGAAAUGGUUUCAAAGCUCCAACAGCUCUUGGAUCACAGGUUAUCGAAUAAAUUAUUUUUCAAAAAUAAAUGUCUUUCCAGAUUUUUUCCAUUUUCUAUUGUUUGUUUGGAAUUCCUCUGUUCUAUUUUACACUUACUCUAAUUGUUUAUCGUUUGGUUCAUCCGAUUUUGAAGGUUGGUUUUUUCUAGUUAAAUUGUCAUACGUAAUUCAUAUAUUUUCAGUAUCCCUCACUCGAUAAAUCUCGCCGUUUUCUCCUUCUCAAUUUCGUAGUUGCACUUUUUAUUUUAUGGACAAUUCUCAUUGGACUCGUUAUUUAUAAUCAGGUGAACUUCAUAUAAUUUUCAUCAAAUUUUGCAUAAAUCGAUCAUGAGGCUAAUUUGAACAUUCGAAAAAAAAAUCUUUUUUUUUCAAGAAAUGAAAAAGGAGAAUUUAAUAGUUCACGUGAUCACGUCAAAAUUCUAAUGAAUUUUUUUUUUUGAAAAUCAUUUCCAAUUUUUCUCCCCAAUUUUCAAAUCAAAAUUCCGGACUUACUUUUCAGAUUUUCAAUGAUUUUUGGCAAAGUAUGGUUACUGCUUUCCUUGGUUCAAUGACAAUUCAAACUCCGGGUGUUAAUACUACAUUCACUUCUUGUGCUUUGAUGGCAAUGAAUUUUGCAUCAACAAUUUCAGUUUCGUUGGUCAUUUUGAUGGUUCUUAUCGUUCUGUCACUGAUUUUCCCAGCUGACUGUAAGUUUUCAAAUAUUCUUCGCCAAUGACAACAAUUUUCCAGUGAUUCAAGGCGUUCCGAUUGUGGAGAAAGUCGAAUCAGUUUCAGCUCCACCGAAAUUCCAAGUUAUUGUGGAUGAAGCUGGAGAAAGUAAGCUUACACAUGCUUAG